AUGGGCGAUAAAGCACAGCCAGAGCAGGAGGUCUUCACCUCCGCGGACCGCAUCCGCCAGCUCAACGAGGUGGACAAGGAUGUGACGAGGCUAAUCCACUCAGCUGGUCUCGCAAUCCAAGCUUUAACCAACGCCAAACCCAUCCCCUCCGAUUCCUCCCCCGCACCAGAUGGCUCCCUCGACUCUCACAAAGCACGAUUCAAAGAAGCGACCAGCCAAUACUUUGCACUUCUAUCCUCGAUCGAUGUUCGUCUACGUCGCCAAGUCUACGCGCUCGAGGAAGCUUCGGCCCUUGCACCGGAGCGCGACUGGGGCAAAGCGGCCAGGACCGAUGUCAGCGCUGGUGGAUCGGGUGCUGCGAACCCGCUGGAUAUUAGUCGGCUUAACGCCCGGAAGGAUACGACUGGAAAGGACAAGGAGGCAGAGCUCUGGGCCGCUGCUCGGCAGUUUGUUGAGGGAAUCGAGAAGCCACACUCCCAGGACAAGGCCAAUGAUCCGGAUAACAUGCAGACGGAUUGA